CAAAUUUCAACCAGCGUAAUACUUUCUAUAGUAAAGAAUAGAGAACGGCAGCAAUUUGAAAAUUCUGGUGGCAAAUGAUAAGGGUCUUACUGAGACUUUCCAUUCAAUAUAACGCCGGGGCUGGUACUGUGGUUCUGGGACUGAGGGGAUUUCAGAAACGGGUGAGUAGUCGAGCGAUCGCCGAUGAAGUGGUGGUCCCAAAAGCAUUGCCGUCUUCUCGUCACCAUCUUCUAUUCACUGUUUUGAUCCAGCAGGGGUCUGCUGGCAACGGUCGGUUGCCCACAAAAGAUUACGAGCUUGCGCGACAGCGAACUGUAACUUCAACGAGUGCUGCUACAUGUUUUUGCUGCGCUUCUGCAGUUAAGUAG